GGAUGUGGGUGGGGAGUCAGGGUAGUGUGGACGUGUGGGGUCUUGCACUGUGUAUCCAUGUUUUGUGGGUCUGGGGAUGGGGGAAGGCCCCAGUCCCGCAGUUCAGGGUGGGGUCGAGAGAACCUUAGCCUGCCUGCUGCUGCGCGCUCUGGUCACAAGCUUGCUCACCAACCAGAACCCAGGGAGAGCACUUCGUGUGGGAAGUCACACAAACAUACACAUCUCACACGUGGCAGGGGCCACCACGGCCUAGACCCACUUGGCCGCAGCGCUGGCUUGAAUUUAGCCACACACAUGGGCACAAGGUCUACACGGAAGUGAGACUGGAGUCCCAGGGCUGCACCCUGCUGUGUUUGUGAAGUGGUGGAUGUUAGAAAGUUGCAGGGCCUUUCCUCAGGUCAUCUUCUCCACCUCUUCUCUAUGCAGAUCCCCCUGCACCCGGACCUGGGGCCUCUCUUCCCCAGGCCUCAGUGGGUACCAGCAGGAUUGGCCCUGCAGGUCCUGAUGGGUGCUGGGACUGAGUGACCCUUAUCCUUCAGGUUUCUAGCCUUCAGGUUCUCAUGGAAUUCCCUGAUGAGACAGGACUAGAGGCCCUCUGGGCCCACAUCUCCUCUGCCCUUGCUGAACCCUCCAAGGUACCCUCCCUGCCAGCCUCUGAGCAGAAAGUGAGGGCUGGACGCUGACCCUAGAGGCAGGAGUGAGAGCAGUGUCAUUCCAGGAAGUCCUGCCUCAGGGCCUUAGGAUGUUGGGAUCCUGUGUUUAUGCUGAGAAGUCUGGGAGUGAGCCUUCCACCAGCCAGUAGGUCUCUGCCCAUCUGUCUGGCCAAGCUCUGGCUGAGGUGGGGGCUGGAGGGCAUGUCUCCCUGGUCCUCCUCUGCCAUCCUUAGACUCAGACCAGGUGUUGUCAAGAUCUUUGAGACAGUGGUUUCUAACCUACCCCCCUCCAUCCUGGGCUGCACCCUGGCGCCUCUUGUUUGGCCAGCUGGGACUAGCGCUGUCUGGGACCUGAUACCCUUACCCCAUCUGACAAAGGAGGAAGCUGGUCCAGAUGGGCAGGGGGAGGAGCACCAGCCCCAGAGCGCAUCAGGAUGGAAUGCUGGGGGGCGGAAGAGGUGAACUGCCCAGGGGACUUCUGAUGUCAGGUCUGAGGCUUUUCUCCCUCGUCAUCUGGACUCAAAAGAAGCCUCCUGGCUCCCUUGCCUGGGUGUUGCCCAUAGCACUCCAACCCCUUCUAGAGAUGCAGUUCCAGAGGGCCCUGCGAGGCAGCAGAGCCAUGCUUCACAACUCCAGCCUCAGGGAGGGCAUGGCCCAUGUGGAGAAGACCCUGAUGGGGCAGGACAGGGACAGGGAAGGGGUGUGGGUGGGGGCAGGGGGAGCCCUGACCCCCAAUACCUCCUCCCCAUUCCCCCCUGAGCCUCCAGGGGCCUCAGGCAGCAUCAUCCCAGUCUACUGUGCCCUCCUGGCUUCUGUGGUCCUGGGUCUGCUGGCCUGCGUGGCCUUCAAGUGCUGGCGCUCACAUAAGCAAAGACAGCAGCUGGCCAAGGCUCGGACUGCAGAGCUGGGGGGCCUCGACAGGGACCAGAUGGGUGGGGAUAGCAGCGUCUUCCUGGACUCUCCCAGCGGCCUGGAACCCUGCACCCCUGACCAGGGACCAAAUCCUGAGCUUGGCUGCCGACUUUACCUUCAUCUCCCUCGGCGGCAGCAGGAGGAAGUGGAGCGGCUCCUGGAGGCGGCGGGCAAACCUGAUAAGGGCUGGCAGGGCCUGGCAGGCCACCUGGGCUACCGGGCUGAGGCUGUGGAGACCCUGGCCCAGGGCCAGGCUCCAGCCUACACCCUGCUGAGGGACUGGGCCAUCCGGAAAGGCAACAGAGCCACCCUCAGAGUGCUAGAGGAUGCCCUGGCUGCCAUGGACCGUGAAGAUGUGGCCCGGAUCCUGAGCCCCUUGGCCGAAGGCUGCUCUGUGGUGUGA